GCGGCGGAGGCGGCGGCGCGCGCGGCGGCGGUGGCGGCGGCGGAGGCGGCGGUGGAGCGCGAGCGUGGGGCGCGCAUGGCGCAGGCGGGGGACCUGGCGGCGGAAGCUGGGCGGCAGGGCGGCGGCGCUGGGGCGGCUGCAGGCGGCGGCGGAGGCGCGCGACGACGGGGUGGACGCCCGCCUCGACGACAUGCAGCGCCAGGAGGCGCGGGGCGGUGGGCGCGCGCGUGGACGCGUUCUCGGAGCGGCCUGGCCACGGAGAACGCGCUCAUCGCGGGCGUGCUGCGCGAACGGCAAGCGGAGCGCGCCGAGGAGGCGGCGCGCGCGCCGGAGCGCGCCCUGGACGAGCUGGAGCGCGACCUGCGCGGCCUGCGCGCGCGCCUGCGCGACGUCGAGGAGGAGCGCCUGCGCGCGGACGAGGCGCGCCCGGCCGGCCCGCACCAGCCAGGUCGCUUGUUGUGGCGAAUAGACUCUCUCGAAGAGCGCAUGCGCACUGCCCAGGAAGUAGACGAACCUCUGCCCAGUCCCGUUUUCUAUAGUGGCCCUCUGGGAUUCAAACUGCGGUGCCCCAUUCAUCUAUUAGCUACUGCAGCAUGUGGGCCCGCGCCGGCCGUCUUGCAGGUGGAGCUGUGGCUGAACGGCCUGGGCCAGUGGCGCGACCGGCACAUCAUCGCGUCGCUGCGCCAGCUGCCGUGCGAGUGGUCGCCGCUGCUGCCCAAGCAGAUGCUGCUCUCCGCCACCCUCACCCUCCGCGACCAGCCCGACCACCCGCGCGAGUAUACAGUAAAAGCUGUAAGGACAAUCUUUGGGUCAAGAAGACAUCUAACGCUUGUCUCGACACAUGUUAUGGAUACCGCUAUUGUUGCUGAAUUGAAUGCGGAUGGCAGUAACGCCUUCUCAAGCAUAAUGAAUUUGGAAAAUCCAGUUUCUAGACCGAUGAUUCCUAGAAGUGACGAGGAUGGAUUCUAUAUAUUAUUAGAAUCGUGUGAUGAAAAUGCAUUAAAAAGACUUCUGUUGAAUCUCGAAGUUGGAACUUUAGGUCGCGGGACUCCCAGAGCUCGCAUGUUCAUUCAUGUAAGUUUGUAUUGUGAUGCAAUCGCCAUCGCGCAGCAUUUGUGGAAAAAAGAUGUAUUGGAAGUAGCUUUAUUAGUAAAACAAAAUAUGCUGUUUCUGUAUGGACCCUUCGAAAACAAACUCUUCAGAGUUCCAUAUCAUUGGCACUAUGACAACGUGAACAAUUUUUUUAAACACCUCGUGCGCAAUGUUCAUGGUUACCCAGUUAGAGUAUCCCGAUUCUUUACCCCACUGUACUCUUUUGUGAAUGGCGCUUGGGAAGGAAGUCUGUGUUUCCGAGGGCGCGACAUAUGUGUUCGUGACACUAUUCUUUCCCAUCUGAAUGCCACGCUAGUUGAAAUGGAGCCUCUACAACCAGGAUUCGGAAGACUCCUUAAGAACGGGACAACAACGGGCCUUACCCACGAACUCUUCACAGGUCGAGCCGAUAUAGCCUUUGUGCAGCGUUUCCUCUCUCCGGAGACCAGCACGUUAUUGGACUAUUCCCAUUUCGUCGAAGUGGGCGGUUUCGUCGCUAUCGUUCACCGUGCGGGCGAGAUCCCAGAGGUACUGAAAUUGAUCUUGGCGUUCCACGGCCAUAUUUGGGCAAUGCUUCUCCUCUCAGUUCUGCUCUUCCCGUUGGCGUGGACUGGUCGCGGGGAGGAUCUCAGCCAGAGCGCCUUGUGGUCGUGGGCACUUCUCUUGCAACAAGGCGUCAACAUGCGGGACGACAACAUCCGCCGGAGAUCAGCACUGGCAGUGUGGGCUGUGUACUCCCUGGUGAUGGGGACAGCGUUCGUCGCGUCCUACACAGUCCUUCUGGCGUCGCGAGUGCGCCUAAAAGACGUGGACACCUUGGACGACAUGGUGCGGGAGAACGUAGUUCUGUUGCUGUCGAGCGGCUUCUCCGACCGGGACUUCGACGGACGCCUGCACGGCCGGACGAAGCGGGCGCAGUCGGACGGCGGGCGCUUCCGGGAGUUGCUGGCAACGCCGGGCAGCGCCGCCGUCACGUCGCGAGCCGUCGCCGGCUGGGUGGUGCGGCAGGCGGCGUUCUCCAGCGGCGGGGAGGCCUUGCUGCACGUGGUGCGCGACGACCUGCUGGGCUUCGUGAGCGCGUACUGCGCGCGCCGCAGCUGGCCCCUGCUGCCCGCGGCGAGCCGGGCGUUGCGCCACCUGCAGGAGGCCGGGCUGCCCCGGCGCUGGCUGCGACACGUCGAGUUCCGAGCGACGCUGCGCGGGCAGAUGGCGCGCCCCGCCUCCAGGGGGCCGAGGACGUUGAGCGCGGCGCACCUGCAGGGGGCCGUGUGCGUGCUGGCGGGAGGGGUCGCCGCCGCGGCUGCAGCCUUCGCCGGGGAGCGUCUGGCCGCGCGCUGGUGGAGCAGGGGGGCGCCGACAAGACGUUCUGGCUGGCCAACUGGCAACUUCCAUCGUUUAGGUGCAAUUCCCAAACUCAAGGUGGAAGCCAAAGAUCUUGUGAAAACAUUGGUGAUUGGCCGUGCCAAGGGUGAGCCGAAAGACUGGCAUAUCUUCAUUCCACACACAGCUUUGAAACAGCAACAUUAUGUGCGAGACGACACAAUUUUUCUAGAUAUUACGGUCACUACUCCCGAUCCUGAACCCCCGGCAGGCACUACUGAAGCAGUUUCAGCGGUUUGAAGUCACGAUUUUGCAGAAUAUUUCUGAUUAGUUGUUCUUGUAGGCUUCAAUAAAUAAAUGCAAACAAGUUAUUAAAAAUAUAAAACCCGACUAUGUAUAAACCAAGUAAAAAAUAAAAUGUUAACACAUUUGUACUGUCUUAGAAAGUCAUACGAAGUACUGAUCAACUGCCAUAAUUGGAAGCCCAGUAAAUUUUAGCUAAUGAAGUUAAAGGCGAGUAAAUGAAGAAAAUAGCCAAUAUAAGUAUCUAAGAAAAUUUCAUUUUUUGUACAUUACUCAAAGCUUCGCCUCAUAAUUUUCCUUAAAAAGUUAUAUGUAUAGCAUUUAAAGUUUUUUUUCUCAAAUCUCAAGAGACUUUUGAAAUUCCUCGGAUGAUAGGACCUCUCUCUAUUCGAGGGUUACUUUUUAAAUAAGGGCCAUUUUUUAAUCAAAAUAAAAAUACUGCAAAUAUCUUCAAAAUAUUUAUUAUUCCAUAUUUUACAUUCUUUCAUCUACUUUUAUAAUAAAUUUUCGUUUUGUUCAAACAUUUGACAUACUUUCAACAAGUUUUUGAAUUCCGCUGUCGAAGAAAUCUGCUGCAUGUGAAGAAGCCCAAUCCAGACUGCAGGAUUGAUUUCGUCGUCGCCAUCGUUGAAUCGUUGACCGCCAAGGGGCCCCUUAAGUACUGUAACAAGUGAAAAUCACACAGUGCAAGGUCUGAACUGUAAGGAGGAUGAUCCAGUUGUUCCCAUCCAAAAGAACGUCAUUCAUUGAAUUUUUGCAUCAUUGUGAACUUUACUAUCAUGAAUUGCAUUGUCAGCAUAAAAUUCAUAAAUCUGACGGUGAAUUUCCGCUCAUGCCACGUUUCGUGCAUUCAAGAAUCGAAUUACAGGUCAUAUCUCCUUCCAAGUUCCUUAAAAAUUAUAAACGUCUAUAGUUCAGCUACAGAUAUAUAGAUUUUGUGUGGACCGGGAGUGCGAAACCCGGGUGGAAAAGCUGCAAUAAAAACGAGAUUGUUUCCUAAAUUAAAAUUAUUUUCUUAAUAGGAAACGAUAACACCCAUUCCAGAUUUCUCCCGGGAGGCUAUUGAGUCCUGGUUAUCAAUAAAGUAUUUUUAGCACUGAGUGGAUAUGGACCAACAUGCACGGUAAAAAAGGAUUGGGGUAAAAAAGAAUUGACUUCAUUCUGGGCUUUCUUAAUAAAUAUUCAGAAUUUAUAAUAUUCACACCAGAAACGAGGAGAUAAAUGCUGAUUGAUAUCUUCGUAUCAUGUAUAGUUGGAGCACUUUACUGUCUUAAAUAAUUCCUGUUUUUAAAACAAUUCUGAAAAAUUACUUUGUCCCCAAUAAAUCUAAUAACACUUGAGACACAAUUGUGCAAUUUUAUACAAGUAUACAAAAUUCAAUAAAUAUUUCAAGAAAUAACUGUGCGCUGAAUUUGUUGUGAAUGUGUAUUAAAUAUUAAUUUCAAUAUUCGGGUACUAAUGUGUACAAACUUGUAAUUUUAUGACUUAAAAUCAAAACAAAAUUGAAAAAUGUAAUAGUUUCAUACUUUGUAAUUCCAACUUAUAAAAUAAAAAAU